AUGGACCAUACGGCUGAUGACCUCGUCUUGAACUUCUCGGACUCGGACGACGACGUUCUUUCCAAGUCCCACAGUUCGGCCCACUUCUCGACCCACGAAGACCGAUUCAUCAAGGACCACGACUUGAAAGUUCGGGCGUUCCAGGCUCUCCAAGAACUGGAUCAUGAAAUCCCUCGCAGCCCGAGCCAGACACUGAUGAAAAGACGGCCUCUGAUUAUCGAUUUGCCCCAGAAACCAUACGGCUAUCACCCCUUUCCGGCCACUGCGGCCCAUAACAACAACCACACUCAGAGUCUGAAGAGCUCUGCCAACGCGCUUCCGGAAAUGUACCCCUCGCUGGAGCUCAUUGAAUAUUUCCGCAACGUCAAACAGUGCUUGAACUUGCGCCACAGCUACUUGGACAGGUCGAUGCAGCGGGAUGGCAACGUGAACCCAAAGAACCACCCGAACUGGAAGAUAUACCCGCCGCCGCCUCGCCCCACCUACAAACUGAAGAACAAGUUCAACCAGUUGCCGGGCGAGCAUGUAGAGGAGGAGGCGUUUGAUUUCUCCGAGGUCGAGAUUCCACAAACAGACUUCCUGGCGUCCUACGAGUUGAAGCUCAACCUGGAUGACGUGUACCAGGUCUACCACAAGGAAACGGGCGAGCCGUUGGGCGAAGUCACCACGUUGCAUGAUUACUACAACGACUUGAACAAGAUUGUGCGCAUUUCGCUGGACGGGCCCACCAAGUCGUUUGCGUUCAAACGGUUGCAGUACUUGGAAACCAAGUGGAACAUGUACGCGUUGUUAAACGAGUUCGAGGAAUCCAAGCAAUCGAAGAAAAACCCCCACAGAGACUUUUACAAUGUGCGUAAAGUCGACACCCACAUCCACCAUUCCGCGUGCAUGAAUCAAAAGCAUCUCUUGCGCUUCAUCAAGUACAAGUUGAAGACGACACCCGAUGAACAGGUGAUUUUCAGGGAUGGCAAGUUGUUGACCUUGGCGCAGGUCUUUGAGUCCUUGAAACUCUCGGCGUACGAGUUGUCUAUCGACACCUUGGACAUGCACGCGCACACCGACACAUUCCACCGCUUCGACAAAUUCAACUUGAAAUACAACCCGAUCGGCGAGUCGCGCUUGCGUGAAAUCUUCUUGAAGACCGACAAUUUCAUCAACGGUAAGUACUUGGCAGAAAUCACCCAGCAGGUGUUCGAAGACCUUGAGAGUUCCAAGUACCAGAUGACCGAGUUGCGUAUUUCUGUAUACGGCCGCUCUGAGGACGAGUGGAGUAAGUUGGCUUCGUGGAUCGUCGACAACAAGUUGUUUAGUCAUAACGUGCGGUGGUUGGUCCAGGUUCCCCGGUUGUAUGACUUGUACAAAAGAAACGGCAAUGUGCAUAACUUCCAGCAAAUCAUGCACAAUCUCUUCCACCCGCUUUAUGAGGUCACGCUCAACCCAAAGUCGGAUCCGAAAUUGCAUGUGUUCUUGCAGAGAGUGGUGGGAUUUGAUUCCGUGGACGACGAGUCAAAGCUGGAAAGACCGCUCAAUGCCAAAAAAAUGCCCGUGGCCUCUGAGUGGGAUGUUCCCUUGAAUCCGCCAUACUCUUACUACUUGUACUAUCUCCACUCGGACUUGAUUGCGUUGAACCAGCUAAGGUCCACGCUCAAUUUCAAUACGUUUGUAUUGAGACCGCACUGUGGAGAGGCAGGUGACCCCGAGCACUUGAUUUCGGCGUUCCUUACAUCGCACUCCAUCUCGCACGGAAUCAUGUUGAGGAAACUCCCGUUCAUCCAGUACUUGUACUACUUGGACCAAAUCGGAUUGGCAAUGUCGCCGUUGUCGAACAACGCUUUAUUCUUGACGUACGAUAAAAAUCCAUUCCACAACUUUUUCAAGAAAGGAUUGAAUGUGUCAUUAUCCACAGAUGACCCAUUACAGUUUUCCUACACGAAGGAACCAUUGAUCGAAGAAUACUCGGUGGCCGCGCAGAUCUAUAAGCUUUCUGGUGUUGACAUGUGUGAGCUUGCAAAGAACUCCGUCCUUCAGUCUGGCUGGGAAUGGGAAAUUAAAAAACAUUGGCUCGGCAAGAAAUUCAUGUUGCCCGGGGUCGAGGGCAAUGACAUUGAAAAAACAAACGUUCCUGACAUGCGUGUGGGGUACAGGGACGAGACCUUGAAGAGCGAAUUGGAAUUGGUGGACUAUUACACUCACAUGGGCCAGGGAAAGCACUAG